UUUUUUACUUCUAGGUGUUAGAAAGCUUGAAGGAAAUCAUGGCUGAGAGCGGAAGUGGAGCAAGUGGCUCUUCCUCUAUGGGAGGAGUAACAAAUGCAGCCUCUUUGCCUCCAGGAGAUCCCCAACUCAUUGCAUUGAUUGUUGAGCAGCUUAAGAGCCAAGGCUUGUUUGAUGUAUUCCGAAGAGAUUGCUUGGCAGACGUCGACACCAAGCCAGCCUACCAAAAUUUAAGACAAAAAGUGGACAAUUUUGUUUCUACUCACCUAGACAAGCAGGAGUGGAGUGCAGGAAUGAACAAGAACCAACUCCGUAACGGGCUGAGACAGAGCGUCGUCCAAACGGGGAUGAUGGAAGCUGGAGUAGAUAGAAUUAUUUCACAGGUAGUAGACCCUAAACUCAAUCACAUAUUUCGGCCGCAUAUAGAAAAGGCUGUCCACGAAUAUUUAGAGUCUCAGAAAGAGGCAGUCGUGCCAGCUCCUCCGCUGCCUCCUCCGGAACCAGAAGAGAAGGACCCUCCUGAACCAACUCAAAGUGACUCUUAGAAGACAAUCUGUUUUUGAAACAAAUCAUGACCGCAUCUGUGAUGCUUAUAAGCUAUAGAGUUGUUAAGCAAUUUGCUGGAUAGCUUACAUUAAAUUAGAAUGAACUGGAAAAAAGAUGGCCCAGGUUCAGACAGCAAAGGUGUUUAUCUUUGGAAGCCCCUCUGAAGCCUUUGUAAGGUGUUUGAUCUAGGGUCUGCAUUAAUCAGAGGGGUGUAGGACAGGGCUGUAGAUUGAUACUGAUACCGUAUGAACUGUAAUUUGUAGAUUUUCGCAUGUGACAAUUUUUUGGAGUUCAUGUACCAGGGAGUGGUGGGGGAUCUGAAAUUAAAUACUGUUUGCCUCUGAAUAUAAGACUACCUACACUCUUAGUUGAAUGUAAAAUAAUUUUUAUGUUAGACUGCCAAAUUGUGCUCAGUUAUUUUUUUUGUAUCUUUUAUUUUGCUUUGAAUGAUACUUUUUGUUGUAUGCAUACAAAAUGAAUUUUCUGAUAACUGCAAAUAAAAAUCAUGGUUUCAUAAAACGGUUCUGGUC